AUGCCUCCUAGGAAGUAUAUUUCUGGAUAUUUGGUAAUUGAAGAACUUAAUCAAUGUAAUGAGAAUGAUAAUGAAGAUUUGGGUGUUGAAGAGCCUAUUGAAUGUUUGAAUGAGAAUGACAAUGAAGAUUUGGUGAAUGAGAAAGCCACUAAAAGUGAAGAUUUUAAUACUGAAUAUGGACCUUUAAAUAUUAAUGACCCAAGUAAUUGGGGCAAGAUUGAUCAGAAUUUCAGAGAUUUAUUAGUUAAAAGAGGCCCUAUAAGAAGUAAUAUUGUCCAUUUUCCAAGAGAUGACAAGGAUAGACAUUUCUCCUCUACAUAUUACAUUCGAAAUUUAUCAAAUGAAGAGAAGCAAGAUAAGAAAUGGCUAGUAUAUUCAGAUGCUUCAAACAAAGUAUUUUGCUUUUGUUGUAAGUUGUUUAAGGAAGAUGGGAACAAGACUCAGUUGGCUACUAAUGGAUUUAAAGAUUGGAAGAAUCUAGGUCACAGGCUUAGAAGUCAUGAAACUAGCAAUAAGCACAUUACUUCGUUUCAUGGAGACAAUGAGAAGAUUUAUCAAGAAAGAAAUGGAAACUUUUUAAGUUUAAUUGAAAUGAUUGCUCAAUUUGAUUCGAUGUUAGCGGGUGAGAUCAAAAGUACAAUUGUGAAAAGAAUCAAAGAAGUGAAAUAUUUUUCAGUUAUUCUUGAUUGUACUCCAGAUGUUAGUCAUGAAGAACAAAUGUCUCUUGUAAUAAGAUACGUGGAUGUUUCAGCUAAUCAAGUAAAGGUGGAAGAGUUUUUUUUAGAAUUUUUAAAGGUGGAUGACACAUCAGGAUUGGGUCUUUUUAAUGUACUUAAAGAGGUAUUGUACACACUCCAACUUGAUAUUGGUGAUAUAAGAGGGCACGGAUAUGAUAAUGACUCUAACAUGAAAGGGAAACACAAAGGUGUACAGAAAAAGCUACUUGAAAUAAAUCCUACAUAUAGAGAAACUGGAUUUUUGGAUGCCAUGAUUGAGGCAAAAAAAGUUGCUACUCUAAUGGAAAUUGAUCCAGUAUUUCGUGAAAAGCGUGUCAUUCGUAUAAAGAAGCAAUUUGAUGAGAAUAGUAGGUUUGAACAAUUUCAAGUCUAUGAGGAAAAUUUUGGAUUUUUGUUUGAUUUGAAAAAGUUGAGUUCUACCAACAAGGAAUGUUUGAAGAGUUAUUGUGUUAAUCUUAAAGAUUUUCUGAAACAUGAUGAACUUUCUGAUAUUGAUGGAAGAGAUCUAUUUUCAGAGUUGAAUGUCUUGAAAAAAGUUUUACCGGAAGGAAUCAAAAGGCCAAUUAAAGUAUUAAAUUAUCUGAAAACAAUGGAUGGUUGUUUCCCAAAGGCAUGGAUUGUGUAUAGAAUUUUGUUAACUAUAGCUGUUACAGUGGCCUCUGGAGAAAGAAGUUUUUCAAAGUCGAAGUUAAUCAAAUCCUACAUUCGGUCAACUAUGUCACAAGAAAGAUUGAAUGGGUUAGUUUUUUUAUCCAUUGAAAAUGAUAUGGUGGAUAAAUUCGAUUAUGCAAGCUUCAUUAGUGAUUUUACAACUAAAAAUGUUAGAAGAGUAAUGUUUAUGAGAUAG